AUGGCGAAAGUCGUAAUUGUAUUCUGUUUCUGCGUUAUAGCUGUCUAUGGUAAUGCCUUUUCUGGGUUACCAGGAUUCCUCGAUCCAACGACGAGAGUAUAUCAACAUGAAGACGAAGUUAUGUCAAUAAUAAAAGACAUCGCUCUGAACACGAACGCAGUUUUAAGGGAUCAAAAAAUUGAAGCUGGUAUUUAUCAGUCGAUGAUAAAGAAAGACGGUAAUGAUAUAAAGAAGAUUGCGAAACAAAAAGUCAAUGACAUAUUGAAGGAUGUGGAAUAUGAAAUGAAAAUUUUAAAACACAAAGCACAUGGACAUCAUCACGACCACUGCAUAGCUAUUGAAAAGGGAUUGGAGAAAAUACGUAACAAGAUCCUAAAUAAGGUUGAAAAAUGUGUUUCAAACCACAUAGAUGAAGUAAUAAAUCUGAACGGAAAAAUAGUUCGAGCUACUGAAAAGUUCCAGACUAAGACUGAACAUGCUGUUAACGAAGCUGCACAAUGUGUCCCAUCCAAUGUAAUUCACAGUGAUGCAAUCGCAUGUUUAAAUAAAGCAUUGUCGAAAGCAAUAAAGCUUGCGAACACGGAAUAUCCGGAGCUUAUAAAAGAAACUUUGCAAGUGAAUGAACAUAUAUCAACAUUGACCCAUAAAAUAGUAAACUGUGAUAUAGCAAAGCUACAACUAUCUCAACUUGAAAAACUAGAAGCAAUCCUCAAGAAGGUUAAAAAAUGCAACAAAGAUGAGCAUGCAACUUCGACAACACAACGCUCAACACCAUCACACAGUAACAAACCAACUGUAACUACGACAGUACCAACUAGUAGUACCACCCAAGAAUCGGCUUCCAGCAGCACAGCAAAACAAGCUAGUAGUACAACUGAAAAAUCAAUACCAAGCACUACAGAAGGGCCAGCAAGUAGCACUAGCCAAGAAUCUACAGUAAGCAGCACAGAAGGACCAGCAAGUAGCACUAGCCAAGAUUCUACGGUAUGCAGCACAGAAGGACCAGCAAGUAGCACUGGCCAAGAAUCUACGGUAAGCAGCACAGAAGGACCAGCAAGUAGCACAACCCAAGAACUCAACUCAAGUAGCACAGGAGGUCCGCCUAGUAGCACUACUCAAGAAUCCAGCUCAAGCAGCACAGGAGGUCCACCUAGUAGUGCUACUCAAGAAUCUACUUCAGGCACCACGGAAGGACCAGAUAUUAGCACUACCGAAGAAUCCAGCUCAAGUAGCACAGAAGGAUCGGCAAGUAGCACAACCCAAGAACUCAACUCAAGCAGCACAGGAGGUCCGCCUAGUAGCACUACUCAAGAAUCCAGCUCAAGCAGCACAGGAGGUCCACCUAGUAGUGCUACUCAAGAAUCUACUUCAGGCACCACGGAAGGACCAGAUAUUAGCACUACCGAGGAAUCCAGCUCAAGUAGCACAGAAGGACCGGCAAGUAGCACAACCCAAGAACUCAACUCAAGCAGCACAGGAGGUCCGCCUAGUAGCACUACUCAAGAAUCCAGCUCAAGCAGCACAGGAGGUCCACCUAGUAGUGCUACUCAAGAAUCUACUUCAGGCACCACGGAAGGACCAGAUAUUAGCACUACCGAAGAAUCCAGCUCAAGUAGCACAGAAGGAUCGGCAAGUAGCACAACCCAAGAACUCAACUCAAGCAGCACAGGAGGUCCGCCUAGUAGCACUACUCAAGAAUCCAGCUCAAGCAGCACAGGAGGUCCACCUAGUAGUGCUACUCAAGAAUCUACUUCAGGCACCACGGAAGGACCAGAUAUUAGCACUACCGAAGAAUCCAGCUCAAGUAGCACAGAAGGACCGGCAAGUAGCACUACCUAACAAUCUACCUCAGGUAGCACUGAAGAUACAAGUACUACUAGUACAAAUGAAUCAUCCUUAAGCAGUACAGAAGUACCUGCUAGUAGCACUACCUAAGGAUCUAGCUCAGGCCCCACAGAAGGACGAGCAAGUAGCACUACCCAAGAAUCUACCUCAGGCAGUACAGAAGGACCAGGAAAUAGCACUACAAAAUCCACAACAUCUAGCGAUUGUCCAU